UUUUGGUGAGUUUGGAACAAGUUUAUUUGAUGUGUUUCAGCUUCUCGGGUGGAUCUCGCAUGUUUUAGGCGAGUCUAUCAAGUAUCUUGGCUAAGUUUCACCAAGUUUCGGGGACAGAUUCGCAUAUCAUGGCGGGUUUCACUCUGUUUGAAGUGAGUUUCGAACGUUCCGUGCGAGUUUGACUCGAUUUCGAGUGAGUUUCGCGUGUUUUCAAGCUACCUCAUCACCACAGACCCACACUCCAAAAGCCCACUGACAGGUGGCUCCCAUGUCGCGCUACCCCACUUCCCAGUGUAACAAGCUAGAGUCCCCCGUUUCCGCUCACGCGCAUAGUCCAGUCCCUCCAUGGCGCGAGCAGCCUCGGUCUCUCCUCCUCCGACGCCUCAUUACCUCGUAACCACCACCGGAAUCAACCGAUCCAAAGCUCCAAGCUCAAUCCAAUCCACAAGGGCGUCCCAAUGGCCAUGGCGGCCUCGCUUCUAGUCGCUGCUGCGUCCUCGCGCCCACUGACACCACGGAGAUGGAGGCCUUUUCUUGCGGCACAUCCACGACCGAAUCCGCCUCCCGUCCUGCGCCUGAGGGCGCCCGCUUUUCCUCUCCUGACCUCUCCCAUCCCCGCAAUUUUGUGCGGGCGCUGCCGUUACGAGGACCCGGUGUGCGGCGCCGGUAUUACUUAUUAGGUGGCGUCAAGGUGGGGUUCACGGAGCGGGAGGCGCCCGAUUGGGAUGUCCUGAAGCGGGUGGCGGUGCUAUUCGCGCUGGGCUGCUGCGCCUGCUCCUGCGCCGCCGUGCUCGGCUGCGGUGCGGCCCGGGCGGCGGCGGAGGGCUCGAUCAGUGCGUCCGGGUUCGGGCUGCGGGUGGCGGCGUCGCUGCGGAGGCUCGGGUGGCCCGACGACGCCGUCGUGUUCGCUCUGGCGCCGCUGCCGGUGAUCGAGCUGCGGGGGGCGAUCCCGCUCGGGAACAUGGUGCCUGCGCCAUUCAUCAUCCUCUACCUGAAAAAACUUGCGACUUUUCUGUCCCGAAGAAGUGCCUCUGCAACAGACUUAUGGACCUCCUCUUUGAGCGGGCGUGACGGAAGGCUGCUCCUGUUGAGGAAUUCCAAUGGCUUGGUUUGAUGUUGUUUGUUGCCGUUCCGUUUCCAGGCACAGGAGCAAGGACAGGAGCGAUCAUUGCGUCUGUCAGCAUGUCGUUUUGGUCAGGUUUCUCAGCAAAUUUUGUGGGAGUCGUCCUAGCAGGGCUGCUGGUAAACUUGCUCAUGAACCUCCUCUUGGUCUGAAGGAUGCAAUUAAUCACUGGAGUAGUUAUGUUCUUUAUAUCAACAAUCAUGUGGAGUGUCCUUCGAUCUCUCAAGAAAUCAGUGAAUGCCAAACGAUGUAAUGACUCUCCAUCAAAUUGUUUCUAAUGCCUUCAGAAUUUCACUUUCAAGAGUUGACUCUUGUGUGGGAAGUGCAGUUGUAAAAUACUCACCUCUUUUCUUCUUCUUUUUUUGCUUGUUUAUGCAGAAUAAACUCUCAUCUUAUAUAGUCUUCGCAGUUGUUCAUCCAGUGAUUUCAGUACUUAGUCCUGAUGUUUCACAUGACUCCUUCAGUAAUUCAGUUUAUAAAACAGCAGAUUAUACUAUAGUGGAGUAAUUGUAGGAGUGCUACAACAUUUUCAGUCAGGCUUCUUUUUGUUUCCUGUUGGAUCUCUGCUGAAAAUUACAUUGAAGUUAAGCGCUUGUGCAUAAAUGAGGCUUGAAAGGUCCUGCGAAGCUGCAA